CUUCACCCUGGUGUCCCUCCUCCAGGCCAUGCUUUCCGCCGUGAGAGCGGGCGAGGGGAUCCCCGCGACCAGUAUAGAUGCCGUGCGUGCGGGAGGGGUCUGGUUCCGGUUUGAUGUGGUAGAGGAGGGACUGAUCGAGCCCCGACUGCGCUUGGAGGCGAUGGCUGAGCUGAAGAUGCGGAUCUUGCGUUUGAUGGGGAUAUGAAUGGAUGGUGGGGGUUUUGUUUGAGAAGGGUACUAUCUUGUAUGGGUGGGGUGUCUUGACUAUGGGAUUGUUCUCUUUAUACCCUAGCAUUAUCUCCUUCUUUCAUUCAUUCUUUCUUGCGCUCUUUCUUUCUGUGUUUGUCCUGGUCUGAUUGAGUGUUUCCAUCUUCGCAGGUAUAAAUAUCCAGAACGCCCAUUGGUAGAUUAGUCUAUUCCCAGUUAUCCAAUCCCUCAUUCAUCCAAGUCACCAGUUUAUCAAUCAGUCCAAGGCAAGUAACCACCAUGCCCUACUAUAUAAAUUCCGACACGGUGUACGACCUGGACCCCCUCUAUCUUCCCCGUCAUGCAGGCUGUUUCCGCAUAUACAUGUUCGUCCCUGUCCCCGGGGAGUAUGCCACCAAGAUUUCACUCCUCCAGGCCAUGCUUGAAGUAGUGGAGGCGGGGAAGGGGAUCCCUGUGCUCGGCUUCGAGCCCAGAUAUGAGGGAGGGGUCUGAGUCCAGUUCAACGUGACGGAGGAGGAUCUUGAAAAGCCUCGACAGCAGGAGACAGCGGUGGCCGACCUGGAGGCGCGAAUCCAGGGAUUGAUGGAGGGAAUUGAAU